CACGCAAGAGACGAGAGAGUCAUAGAUAUAAUCUCCUAUUUGUUAAGGUCAUGAAGAUCAACACGUUCUGGAUUGUGUUCAAUCUUGAAGUAAAGAGCGCAACAAGAAGUAUGGAGAUGUGUCGAGAAUCAUCGAGGUAAUUUUAGCUUGUUACUAGUGUGAAACAUCGAGUGAACAAAAUGGAAGAGCGGGAGAGGCAUUUUCUGAUAUCCUCUGAUACUGUUAGGAUCCUAGGCAGUAUGUGUAUGGCUGCGUGAGACUUGUGCCUAAGCCUAGAGUGAGAGCAGGUUCAAGCGGUGUAAAUACUGAGAACAGUCAACGAGUCACAAUGUCGCGUUCGUUGUACCAAUCUGCUGUUAAUGGAGAUGAAUGUAUCGAGUCUCGACGGUUGUGUUGUCGGGAGAUAGCGUCGGAGUAGUUAAGCGCUCUCGUUCGCAAGAAAGCGAGCUUGUCGUCCACCUAAAUUCCCAACCCAAAAAUCGCAAACACACCCAGGACCCCAAGGCCAUUGACCCAUGACACAUAAAAAGGUUACUUGAUUUAAACAAGGCUUUUGAAAAUACUAGUUCCUUUCGUAAAAAUGGUGUGAAGUAGUCAACUUCUAGCUGAGCUUCACGAGUCAGUUCGUGAAGAUAAGAAAAAUUCGGGCUCAUACUUCGACUAGCUUUUUCAGGGUAGUCAAUCGAUCUCACACUACCUCUAACUUUGUUUGAUGAAGGAAAUGAACUACCUUGUCGAGAGAACUCUAAAUUCGUUCGUAGCUCAAGGACUUGGGGUGACCUCCACCCUUUACAUUUAAUUCUUCCUAGGUAGAAACUUUCCCCUUUUCAACAAAACUUGGGUAUCGUUACUGAGGUUGACCUAACAAGAUGACGUCGACGUUGCUCGCCGCGCUGCGGGCGCAAAACAGCGCCGGCGCGAUGGCUGCCGCGAAGAACUACUCGCCGUUGACAGAGGCUGUUUUCAGCGGGGAGUUGGACCGAGUGCAGAAAGUCUACAAAGAGGAGAAAAUGAAGGUAAGUAUCACUAACACUAACUCCUAUUAAGAAAGAGAUAAAGCCACGCCUGAAUCAGUUUUAUUUCAGUCAGUACACUUGUUCGCAUUUUUUGGAUACCACUCCCAUUGAACGAUGUGAGAGAAUGCGUUAUUCCACUCUCUUUUUCUUGCCUAACCAAUGAAAAUGAACAUUGAUUCCGACCCGUUUAUUCACGAGUGUAGGUGUACAGCUCGCUGUUUCUGAUCUCCCCUUACUACAAGUUCAACAUUCUCAUCUUGAAGAAAUAUAUCCAACCAAGGACUGCCACUACUCAAGGGUUCGUUACUUCUUCAUUGAUCACUUAUUCUUAAACGACGAACGCCAUCAGGUCGACACGAAAGAUACAGAUGGGUGUAGUCCACUGAUGCACGCGGCGGAGCAAGGCUAUCUAGACAUCGUUGAAUAUCUGGUCAGCGUUGGCGCGCGUAUCAACGGAAAAGAUGACAUAGGGGAGAACGCCUUCAUGAAAGCGGCAAAGGUAUUCAUACUGAUUAGACGUUAGUGCACUAAGUACGGAAGAAGAUUCUACAACAGGGACUUUUGUCAGCAUAUUCGUUGAAGUCAAUUAGAAUUACCACCAUAAAGUGUUUGAUAUUAAGUAUGAUCAUCAUCUUUUUGUGUUGGUCCAAUAGUCUUCAGAAAUAAUGAUAUAAACAUGUAGGCCGGCUCAAGGUUGAUAUCAUGUAUGCUUCGUUCUGGUAUUUGGUAACCUGAAUUUGAUCCCAAGGAUUCCUUCCUGUUUUCCUUAUGAUCGAAAUCAGGUUGCCAAAUACCAGAACCAUUCAUAUCAGGAUGGCGUGCCUACUGCUACUUUUCAAACACUCGCCACAGGAGGGGAACAUCGAUUGCAUGCAAUUUUUGAUAACGUCAGCGCUAUCAAAUUUGCCAAAAAAGUUGGGAGCAUCAGGAGAUUCAAAUAGUAGAGAAAGGUCAAGAGUAAUCGAUGCUAAAGAUGACGAAGGAAUAACAGCUCUGAUGAAAGGUACAACAUCAGUCGAAGAAACUUAGAGUGUGGUCAAUGAUAUUUUCAUUCGGUGCCUUGUCGUUGAUGUCGCUUUUUCUAUGUCUUUUCAUCCUUGUUUUCUUCUCCUAGGGGCAGAUUUAACGUGAGAAACAAGUGGAAACAAAUGCCAAAGAAAUAAAAACCCUUCAGCUGCGGAGGCAGGCGAGUACGAUACUGUUCGGUUCCUGUUAGAGCAGGGAGCAAACCACGAGGCAACGGAUGACGAGCAGUGGAAUACGCUCAUGUGGGCAUCAGUAGCAGGGCAGUUCGAAAUCUGCGACCUUUUGGUAUGUUUAAUUACAAUUUUUCAGCUUGGCUCUCAUCGAUCGAUGUACUCAUUGUUCGAUGUACUCGUAAGCUUGGUUAUUUUCAACAUCCAUGGACCAGAACUCGGAGGGUGCCGGUACCAGAAGGGGUAGGAAUAUACGGAACCCGACAAAAAAGGUAGAGACUCCGACAGAAAAGGCACAAACAGGGGAAAGCCAAAAGGUAUAAGCCUGCAAAAAGAAGAGCCAAAAAAGCCGAAGAAUUGCGAGCAGAUCCAAACGCGGAGCGGCCCGAGGGCUCCCGCGGUGGCUGAGCAAUGACAACCCCACACGACACACACGAAACAAAUCCCAACACUUUCAAGCGGGACCAGACGAGAACCGACGGGGACGGACAGCGCUGGCGACCACGCGCAUGACUCCGGCGUGCCACACACGCGACACACAAAGCCGCCGCGCGCCACAUCUGAGGAGCAAGCUGUGACUACGCGACACCUGAGGGCUUUCGAAGCCCGCCGCAAAAGGCUGACGCACUUCUAAACGAAAGCGGCCCGCAGAGCGAAAAAGAGACGCAUCGCCGGGCGGGAGGCGGGGGGAUCGCAAAAGGAGGACGCGCGCCGCGAAGCUCCUGCUGCCUGGCAGUUGCCCGCGCGCCUGCCUCUGGCGGGUGCCUGCGAGGUACUGCGGCCAGAGCUGGAGAACACAGAGAAACGAAAGACGCAGCAGGAGGCGCCUAGCUUGAAGGACCGGCAGCAGCUUGGUGGUAGUCCUUCCAGGACAUUGCGCGGCCAAGCGCGCGCGGCUCCCCACCGGGUACGGGCGUGCAUAACACGCGCCACCGGGGUGCUGCGCUGGCAGUGGAGUGGGUGGAGCAGCCUACAAGGAGGGCCAUGGUCAGGCCUUCUAUUUUCUGGGCCCCUUGUGAUAUUGCGGCCCCAGUAUUUCCAGGGAUCUUACCAGAAAAAUAAGGGACCCCGGCGGAAAAUAAGGGCCCGGGAUUUUUGCGGUGCUCGUCCGCUUAAUAAAAAAGGAAAAACAUCGGGACCCUUAUAAUACAGGGGCCCUAGUUAGUUUUUCCGGUUCAUCCAUGUCGACUAUGUAUACUAUGCUAUCUUAUGCUAUACUAUACUGCACGAUGCUACACUAUACUAUCCUACGCUAUGCUAUACUAUACUAGCUAUGCUAGACUAGCUAUGCUAGACUAGCUAUGCUAGACUAGCUAUGCUAGACUAGCUAUGCUAGACUAGCUAUGCUAGACUAGCUAUGCUAGACUAGCUAUGCUAGACUAGCUAUGCUAGACUAGCUAUGCUAGACUAGCUAUGCUAGACUAGCUAUGCUAUACCAGCUAUGCUAGACUAGCUAUGCUAUACCAGCUAUGCUAGACUAGCUAUGCUAGACUAGCUACUAUACUAUCUUAUCCUAUUAUUACACUAUAUAUAUUAUACUAUAGUAUACUAAACUAUACGAUACUAUGUUAUCCUGAACUCUAUUACUAUACUAUGCGAAUAAAUAUGCUAUACUAAACUAUACUACGCUAACUAUACUAUAGCUAUACUAUAUUAUCCUAGCUAUGCCAUACUAUCCUAGUUAUGCUAUACUAUCCUAGUUAUGCUAUACUAUCCUAUGCAUACUAUGCUAGGGUAUGCUAUGCUAUGCUACCUCCUUUUCGGUAAGAACUCACGCAAGCCCCUUCAUUAUAAUUUAUGUUGUACUUGAUGGAUGUUGAUGAACUCACUCAAACUGGACUUCCUUCCAUCAAUCUCUUUCGCAGAUAAAGCAAUACGGUGUAGGCGGUGGAUAUGUUACAGAAAACGGCGAGUCAGCACUUUCAAAGGCAGCAGCAAACGGGCAUUCCGAAGUUGUCGAGCUCCUCAUCGGAGAGGGUGCCAAAGUGAAUCAGACCGACACAAAGUACUGAACUACAACACACUUCGUCUUCGUCAAUGAUGAAAGUGAAAUAGAAACCUGUAGUAGUGAUCUAUGAACAAGACCUUGUACGUAUCAUCAUGAUCUUCUUCAGGAGCAGGAGAUGCAGUUGUUUAUUCUUUGAUCAGAUCUACUGCUUCUGCUACUGCUUGAAGAUGUUGAAUAUCUUCCACAAACAAAUAACGCACAGUUAUCAAACGGCUUUGAUGUGGGCGGCAUCAGAGGGACACAUUGAAACUGUCAAGCUUUUAUGCAAGUACGAUGCAAAGGUAGAUCCAGCAACCCGAACGGGAAAGACAGCUCUCAUGCUUGCUUGCAGGACAGGCCGAACAGACGUAUCUAUUUCUAUAGAAUACCAAUAUCAUUAUCAUGAUUCACCAAGAACGACCACAACAUUCGUAUUCCCACAUUCGUAUCUAUUCCACCUCGUUGUCUAGCUUUAUUACAUGCUUCUGAACACAAAGACAGUCCUUCACCAGAUAAGACGGAGAAACAAGUAGUACAGGAUGCUAAGCCACUUACAGAAUGACAAAAUAGCGGGUUACCAUGUACUAAUGUCUACCAUAGUAGAUUUCUAUCAUUUUCUUUCCCCACCAAUAAUCCCUAUCAGGUCGUCGAAUUUCUCCUAACAAAAAUGGACAAAAUCGACCACGCGGAUGAGGACGGUAAAACAGCACUAUUCGAGGCAGCCACGCUGUCAGAUGAUGCCCUUUGCGGCAUGCUUCUGGACAAGGGAAUGGAUGUCAAGUAUUUCAUGCUUAAUUUUUUUGCUGCUGUCUAGUAGCGUGUAGUACUUAUCGAUGCCAAAAUGAAAUUUCAACUCGACAAAAUCUAAAUCGAAUAAGCGAAGCCAAAUAUUAAGUGAUUCUUGAUUGACAUGAAUAGAGAUUUUCAACAUCCCCACUUGAUAAAACCUUAGCAAAACGACUAAGCGAGGUGAGACAGUUUUGAUGCUUUCCGCUGCAGAGUGUCCCGCACCGUUUAUCAAAUUCCUCAUGGAACGAAAAGCAAAUUUGAACAGACAAGACGAAAGCGGACGCACAGCCUUGGACCACGCAGAAGGUAUAUCGAUAUUCUGUCCCUGGUGUUUCUGAGUUUAUUUGAGCUGGAAGUGGAUCGAUCGGAAGGCAGAAAAUUGAGUUGUCAUACCGUAGUUGGAACUACUUUCUGUGAGCACUACUUGGAGCUUAGCCUUUAGUUAGAGCAACUACUUGAACGUCAUGAUGAAGAUGUCCUCUAUCGCUAUCAAGCGCACCUUUUUGCGCAGGUUCCCUGAACGCAGCAGUUGUGACGAUGCUGCGUGAAGCUGGUGCGUCCCGUGCUGCCUCUGUUAUCUACCGUGAGACUGACGAUCUCUAAACUCAAAUAAAUUCGAGUUAGUUUGGUCUGGCGUCGAACCUCAGGUGAUAUGUGUUUUUUCAGAAGCCCCCCGCUUGCCUUCUAGUACUCUGUGAGUGUGGGUGGUAUGUUCACUUUGUCAUUUUGGGUAUAACACGGCGGUCGACCAAUUUGAUUUCCAAGAAACAAAUUAACUCUACUACAAAUGCGAACUAGUUCAAUGAACAAUAAGAAUAUUGCAAUACUUGUCCCUAAUACAAAAAUAAAACAGGAUAGCAUUCAUUGUUAGAAUAAGAGCUCAACGUCUUCACCGAGCUCCAGCUGUAUAGAUGAAUUGAAGAUCGUUCUCACUUCUCAGUGAAGUACCUCCUAGUUAUCCUGAAGCUAAGUAACACUAAAUUCGAGUAGCUUGAUUGUAACGAAAUAUCCAAAGUGAGCUAAAAAAAGCUCUGGCAGAAGAUAAGAGAUUGAAGAUGUUAUACGAUUCCAAACAAAAUAACGGCAAAGCCGGCAAACGCGGACCUAGAGGAAGCAAUGAACUUUGCCCGGCUAGAACUCGAUACAAUUUUGACUUGUGCAUUAUCCCAAUUUAGUCAUUGUCGUCUGUCUACCAACAGUUUCCGAGAAUUGAAUUGUCAUGAAGCUUAUUAAUAACUUUAACAUAUAAAAAAUGCGAGGACAGAGACAGAGACAGUCCUCAGAAAUUCUUCCUGUACCUCUGGUCAUAUCCGACUAAUUUGGUCUGCUCCAGUAUAGUACUAUCAAUGCAAGGACGCUGCCACAACGAUAUUAAGUACGAUCAUGAACACCUACAACAAGCUUAAGCAAGGAGAAAUAUCGGAUGCAUAUUAUACACUACAGGAAUAAAAAAUUAGUGAAUCAAUCACACAGAAAUGCAAUUACGCCUGUGCGGUAGUGGGGGCCCGUCAUGCUCGAGCUUUACCAUGUCGAGCAACUAGAGAAAUUACCGCGGCGUUGGUUGCUCUGCUGCAACCGAGCUAGUCGUUGUGCAGGGACUAGCUGAACAGGAAAGCAACAGAAAUAAAGUUAUAUGGGUGUUACAAUCAAUGCGUAAGCGAAAUGAAUGUUGUAAAGCAAGAGCUAUGUAACUACACAUCAAUAAU